AUGAGCAAGUAUAUCGAUUCUGAGGCGCAUCGAGCCGUACGAGCGCACACCAAGCCUGCGCCUAUCAAUUAUGUGGCCGCGAUCUUCGCUGCGAUUGGCUCGUUCCUCUUUGGAUACGAUAGUGGUAUCAUCGGAUCCGUCAUCUCGGACAGCUAUGACCAAUUCCACAGCUACUUCAACAAGCCCGAUUCGAGCAUUACCGGCGCGGUCGUUUCCGUAUUUGCUGGCGGGGCGUUCUUUGGCGCUCUGCUGGCGGGCGAGACGGCCGAUCGUUUGGGUAGGCGAAGGACUAUCCAGCUUGGCGCUCUGAUUGCCGUCGUUGGAUGCGCCAUCCAGACCGGUGCGGUCCAUAUCGCCAUGCUCAUUGUCGGCCGAUUCAUCGCUGGUCUCUCUAUCGGGGUGCUCAGUAUGAUUGUUCCGGUGUACCAAGCCGAGAUCUCGCCUCCCCAUGCUCGCGGACUCCUCUCUGGCUGGACCCAGCUCAUGAUCGUCUGGGGCUUCUUCGCUGCCAACUGGAUCGGCUACGGCUGCCAAUUCCUCAAGAACGACGGACAAUGGCGUAUCCCCCUCGCCAUCCAGAUCGUCCCCGCUAUUUUCCUCUUCUUCGGGAUGUUCAUUCUCCCGUACUCGCCCCGAUGGCUCGCCAAGCAGGGCCGGCUGGAAGAGGCCAAGGCGACCCUCUUGCGCCUGCACGGCGGCAACAAGCGCGCCAACCACGAGAUCAUCGAGCAGGAGUUUGACGAGAUGAUGGCUCAGAUUGCGUGGGAAAACGAGAACCUGGCUACCAGCUACAAAGACCUGAUCGCCGACAAGGCCAGUCGCCACAGGACUCUUUGCGGUUGUCUUGUUCAGGCCAUGUGCCAGUGGACCGGUGUCAACGUCAACAACUACUUUGGUCCGACCAUCUACAAGAACCUCGGAUUCGGCGGCAACACCACUCUCCUGAUCAACGGUGUCUCGGGUGCAUGGCAGGUCGUUGUCGUAUGGGUCUUCAUCCAGUUCAUCGUGGACCGCGUGGGACGUCGCAAGCCCCUCAUCGUCGGACCCAUCCUCAUGGCCGUCUUCCUCGCAUGGCAAGCCGGUAUCGCCUCCCUCUUCUCGGUCGAGGGGUACGCCAACCUCGGCGCCGGCGUAGCCGGUCUCGUCUCCAUCUUCCUCUUCUCUGGCGCCUUCUCUGCGUCGUUCGGCCCCGUUAGCUGGAUCUACCAGUCCGAGAUCUUCCCGAUGAACCAGCGCGCCCUGGGUACCGCCGUAUCGACCGCCUCCAACUGGCUCAACAAUGUUAUUAUCGGCCAGAUCACGCCGUAUGGGUUUGAGCGGCUCGGAUGGAAGUACUUCUUCAUCUAUGUCGCGACGAACUGCAGUAAUGCCGUCGUGUCGUACUUCUUGUUCCCUGAGACCAAAGGCAAGACGCUCGAGGAGAUCGGCUUGCUGUUUGGGGACACCAACGUCCGCGUACCCGAAUUCCACGGCGCCCGCGACACCGUCAUGGAGGGACGGCACGACGAGAAGGGCGAGAUUGCCCACCAGCACUGA